AUGGGGAAGGGCCUUGGGGGGAAGGCGUUGGGGCCCGGGGGAUGGGUGGGCGUGGCCCCCAGCCCUUCCCCCCCGGGGAAAUUUUGGGUGGGCGUGACCUCCCGGGGUCACUGGGCCGCGUCUCCUGUUUUUGGGGCCUCGUCGGGGACGGUGGGGGGAUGGAGAGGGCUCCCCAAAAUCGGGGGCCUCUCCCAAACUGGGGGAUCACAAGACCCCUGCUCAUUCUCAUCCUGCUUCUCACAGGCUCCCAGUGCUCCCAGACAACCCCCAAAGGCUGUGCCCCCUGCACAACCCCCUCCUCGCCUCCCCCCCCCGGAGCCCCCCGAGACGCCGACCCCCGUGACCGUGACCACCGGGAGCCCCCCGAGCCCCUCCUGCUCCCCGGCCCCGCCCCGGGGGUGGCUCCGGGUGUGGGGGGGGCCCCCCUCCCGCGAGGAGCCCGUGGGGACCCCCCUGACCCUCGAGUGCCACUUCCGAGGCCCCCCCCGACACCGCCCUGACCUGGCUCCAGGCGUGUCCCCCCGGGCUCGGGGAGGUCCCCCGGAGCUGCCCCUGGCCCCAGGAGGUGGUGGCCACCCGGGGGGGCCGCCAGGUGGCCCGGGUGGUGCAGGAAGGGGGGGGAAGCUCCACCCUGACCUUCCCCAAACUGUCCCACAACGACUCCGGGCUCUUCUUCUGCCGCGUGGAGUCCGGGGGGGAGACGGCCCAGAGCUGCGGCACCUUCGUCAGGGUCCUCGGUGAGUGGGGGGCGUGGGGGGGGGGCUCAGCUGGGUCACCCGGCCCCUCCCGGUGCCCCCAGCAUGGUACCAG